AUGGCUGACACUUGUGGAUGGUACAACCCUCUUUUUAAAGGACGUGACCGAGAGCUACACACGAACCAACGACAGCCACAGAUAAGGAAGUCCCCGAAGCUCAACAAAGGAGCAGACGGAGGGACGGGCUCUGACGUCAAGGCUCUGGCAACAAGCCCUAUGCAUUGGCCUGAGCUCCUCUACAUAGCCUCAGCCCAGGCUCCAUUUUGUGCAAACGAAUCGGAGGAGUCGAGGCGGGCAUCCCUACUGAGCCACAGAAGUCGGAUUGUGACUUCCCGAGCAGCCGUGUGCCGAGGUGAAUUGAUGUUCAGCUCGGUUCCACGACAUAACAUCGCUCGCCGGCACAUGAAAACCUCGGUUCUUGCUGGACACAAACGUGCAGCGAGAAGUAGAACUACUACUUCGAGGACCUGGGGCCCGAUUGGAGGAGUGCGUUUAAAGCAAGACCACUGUACCACUUUUCUCACAACAAAGAGGUGA